AUGCGUUGGUUCUUCACAAAGCUCAGGAAAGUCGAUGACCUUGCAUUUGUAAACGAUUGGAGACAGACUAUAAUAAAUGGUAUUGCUGAAGUUUUUCCUGAUACACAUUAUGGGUAUUGUAUGUACUAUAUACAAGGCAACUUGAAGAGCAGGUAUUGGGACAAAGGCAUCGUUUCACUGUUUAGGAGAGCGGUCGAAGCUUACAGUAUUGAAGAAUGUAAUAUGUACAUGGUUGAAAUAGAAAGCAAAUCAUUCCCAGCAUGGGACUAUCUAACGAAAAUGAUGAUUGAACAUUGGGCGCGCUCAUAUUUUUCAGGACGUCGAUACAACAUGAUGACGUCAAACAACUCGGAGUCUUUCAAUGCAUUAUUCAAGAGGGAUCGAGAGUUACCCAUUUUCACACUGAUUGAGAAUACCCGUAUGAAGCUACAGCAGUGGUUUCAUGAUCGACGUGCGGAAUCACAUAAUUGCACAAGCGUGCUAGCCCCGGCGCAAGAGGAAAAGCUCUUCAAGGCUGCAGAGGCUGCGAGAAAGUUAAAUGUCGAACUACCAGACGAGUCCCGCUUCUCUGUGGAAUGUGCACGUUAUACGACAUACCUGGUAGACUUGACUGAUGGAACAUGCACUUGUAAAUAA